CUAUUCCGUGGUUGAAACUUGAAAGUUACUUGUCUUGCAAGUUGGAAUAAAUCAUACCAAGUCCUUUUCAUCCUAACAAGUAUCAUUUGUCUUGAUAAUGAGUUGCAUUCUUCUAGUUUUUUGGUAAGAUAUGGACGACUCCAGAAAAAUCGGAAUAGGGUUGACACUUUUUGGGUUUAUUUUUAUUUCCUUGGGUGCAAUAUUGUUCGAUAGCAAGUUGGUUUCACUCGGGAAUUUACUGUUAGUGAGUGGCAUCGUCCUUGUCAUUGGUUACAAACGCUCUUUCCAGUUCUUCUUUUAUAGAAGACGAAGAGCCGCAUUUUUCUUUUUUGUUGGUUUAUGUUUGAUUCUUCUACGUUGGCCCAUCGUAGGUUUCUUAGUAGAAGGCUUUGGUAUGAUCAAUUUGUUUGGUGAUUUCAUUCCCAUGCUCUUGUUGGUUGCUAGACAAACUCCGUUUAUUGGAAAAGUAUUCUAUUUACCCGGUGUGAAACAGUUGUUGGAUCGAUUAGGAUAUUCUACUACACUUCCAGUUUAGUCCUUUAAAAACCCAUACAAA